AUGGCACAAGCCCACCACCCGAUCGCGGCGACGGUGCUCGGUCUGAUCGGCACAAUCUGCUGGUGCAUCCAGCUGAUCCCCCAGAUCGUGCGCAACUACCGUAGCAAGUCGACGGAGGGACUUCCAGGGAGCAUGAUGUUCCUGUGGGGGGUGUCGGGCGUCCCCUUCGGCGUCUACGCGCUCCUCCAAAACCUCAACAUCCCUUUACAAGUGCAGCCCCAGAUCUUCAUGGUUCUGUCUCUGACGGCAUGGGGACAGUGCCUGCACUACUCCCACUCCUUUUCCUCCCUUCACGCCAUCCUCCUCUCUAGCGGCCUCCUCGCUGUGCUCGGCGGCCUCGAAGCCGUCUUAGUCCUUUUCCUCCCUCGCAGCACCGCUGCCCUCACCACCGUGGGCGUUGUGGCGGCGGUAUUGCUCGCCGCGGGACUGCUGCCGCCGUAUAGAGAGAUUGUCAAAAGGAGGGGGAGGGUGGUGGGUAUUGAUUGGGUCUUUCUGAUGGUGGAUUGGGCCGGCGCGUUUUUUAGUCUUAUGAGUCUUGUUGCGCAGGAGGAGUUUGAUGUCCUUGCCGGGGUUAUGUAUAUCGCGUGUCUUUGUCUGGAGAGUGGGAUUUUUGCGUGUGGGGUCGUGUGGUGGGUAAGGCAUCGUGGGAGGAAGGGUGAUGUGGAUUUGGAGGGGGUUGGGGAGGGGGAGGUUGAGGGGAAAGAGGAGAAGGCGGUGUAAAUGUCUGGGACGGUUUGAUGAUCUUAUGGUAUAUAUGGGCGGUUCACUUUGGCUUCAAUAGAUGGAAUGGAUGCACCCUUCCCUACCCGGUGUAACAAGCAGUGAACACUCAAUGGUCCAUACAAGUUGAUUGCGAACCCCUUCACCCCUCAUAAUACAAGUUAAGUAAGAAAAUACCAGAACUAAAACCCACUGAUAUUGCAAACACAUCCAUCGAUUUCCCGACUCAAUCGACUCAAAUCAAAGUAAAAGUAAAAGGAAGGAAACACAAAACACCGCUCCAUCCCAGGGAAUACGCUCUAGAACCCCCCGUGCCCACUACCACCACACCCCCCUUUCCGAGCGCAUUCAGUUUUGAUAUUUUUUCUCACCACGACAGAAAGAAGAACACAAAAGAAGAAACG